UUCAUGGUCAUAAGGCGAACUAAGGUAAAGGUCGGCUGAAAAGUUUAAGUUACGAUAUCUAUCUACGUUUUACAAAUAAGAUGAUGGCGAUCUACACAGAAGGCUACAGUCUUCGAAGUGUCAGGAGAAGAUUAAAAAACCAAAACCGCGAUAAAAUCCGAAAUAAAAAAAAUCGUAUUCAGAUUUUUGUGUGAAGAUUAUAGCUGUUCUUUAAAAAAAACCUCGCUUAUAGGUAACAAGACUCCUACUACAGGAAAAUAUACACACAUUGUUAUUUCUAAGUAGAUACGCAGGUACAUAACCGAUAUCUUUGUGAUUUGCCAUCAAUGGUAUUGUAGUCAAAGUAAUGCGAAAGAACAAUUGAAAUUUAAUUCGACAAGGUACUUAAAUAACAAUGAUAAAAGGUUACUUUUAGAUGACAUUGAAGUAUUCCGUUAAUUUUUACCUGCCUACAAAAUAAGUUAUUUAUACCGACGGUUAUAGUAUUGUACUUAUUUUGUAUAACCACAAUGUAGAGCAUCAAUAAAGUUUGCGUUGUGCAACUAGAGUCGAGAAGUAGGUACUUUGCAUCUUAAGUACUUUUUAGACUCUCUUCUUUUCAGCUCUCUAAAUAGUAACGGGUUGUCUGCUUGAAAUCGGGACAUUUGACUACCAAGACAAUCUGAGUAGGAAUUCGUACCCAAAUAUGUAGGUAGGCUGUUUUACAAAGGUAUAUUUCAGAAAAGGUAGGCCAAGGUGCAUUGAUGUGCUGUUAAAUUGGAUGCCGACGCUCGUCAGUAGAAAGUAGGUCUAAAGGAUUUCCAUGUUCUUUCUGUGUUAUAUUGCCGGCAUGUGCAUAUUAACUAUUAAAAUUAGAAUUUUUGAAUAAGUAAUUUCAAUUCCAUUGAAAUAUUUUAAGAUAUUAAACUUGACGAUUUUAGAAUAGUCAAUGCCAAUAAAUAAAUGAAGAAGUGUUGUUAGCUCGGUUGUUAGGUAACGGCAUCGAUUUUAACAUUCUGCAUCGCGACGUCGAACAGACAAUUUCUAUUGUCCUCCAAUUCCCACGACGGAAAAUGUUUAAUACAAUGAUGAUACAAUAUAUUUGCAUUAAUCACGUUUGAGAUGUCAUGAUUUAUCAACUGAUUUAAAAACAAAGAUGGCUGCGGUUCUACCGGCGGGAAUACGGAAUGGGAUAAAAGGUCUGGAUGCCAACCGAUAUGCGACGAAGAAGACAGUGGCACAGGGAAUGCUGGACAUCGCCCUGCUCACUUCAAACGCUUCUCAACUAAAAUAUGUUCUGCAAGUGGGACCGAAGCACGAGUUCUACACGUUACUGGUGGUGCUGAUCUCCAUCUCUAUUGUUCUUCAGCUGCUGGUCGGGUUGUUAUUCGUGAUUAUUGGCGGGCUGGACCUCGACGAUCACGCAGACCAGCCCUCGGCCAUCGUGCUCAACGAUGUCAUUGUCAUGUUCAUUUUUGUCAUAUCCGUAAUAAAUAUCGUCAUUUCCGCUUUUGGUAUUGAGUAUUCUAAUAACCCCUUGUAUUUGGAGAGAUUAAAGUACAUCAAUGAAGAUUAUAUUAGAAAAGUAAACGGCAGUCUAAGUUAACGCCCUGAAUAAGAUAUCUAAGUCAUUAAAACAGUUAAUAAAUAAGUUUAAAUUUAUGCAUAUUCAAACGUUUUUUAAAUUUGAAACCAAUAACCAAAAGUUAAUCGAAGUAUUAAAAUGAACUCUUCGUUUUUAGACUCCUGCUACUUAGUAAAAAUUUGUUUCAUAGUUAAGUAUUCAAAGUUUAAUUUUAGUUUUAUCGAUUACCUACGUAUUGUAGCCAUAUUUAAUAUCACAAGUCGAUUCCCACGAUAUAGUUACUUACGUAGUUUUAUUCAGAUAGAGUGCCCAUUACAUUAUAAUUUAAGAAUAGUGUAAUUUUGUUCUAAAAUAAAAAAAUCUGAUUACUGCUUUGACAAUAUCAAUAAUUUAUACAUAUUAUUUUAUACCUGUAACAUUUCAUAAUGUAUUUGCAUUCAUAUGCUUUCACUUUUACUUUAGCUCUACUACGCUAUAUUUUUCUAGAGUGCCAUUGCAAAAUAUAACCAACGAACGAUGUUUUUGCGUAUUAUCUGUAAUUAUCUGUAAUUCAUGUGACAGUCGAGAUUUUUAUGGCCGAGACAUAAAAUAUAUAAAUCUGAACCGCUAUAGUCAAAUUCACAGCGAAAAUGGAUCAAUUAAAAUAAUUUUUGUUUGACAUGCUUACAUAUGACUUUAUUGAUUGGUUGAUUCUUACCAUUAAAGCGUAGUUAGAGGUUGGAAUAUAUCCAGGAAUGUGUUAGUUAUUAAUAUAGUUUUA